AUGAUCGAUGUGGGAACAAACAUUCUUGUGGCCGGCCUGUCGAUACAGGUUGCUUGUCUGUUUGCAUUCACUGCCUGCAGCCUCGAAUUCCUCUGGCGCGUGAAGAAGAACCCAGAGAUGCGGAAUCCCGAGUUUACCGAUUUGGUCAACAGCAAAAGAUACAAACUGUUCCUGUUUGCAUUCUUGUUUAUACGAACUGUUUUCCGUUCCGUUGAGCUCAGCGAGGGUUUCGGUGGGAAGCUUGCCAACCAAGAGGUUGAGUUCAUGAUCCUCGACGGAACCAUGAUUAUACUAGCAUGCUCGUGCUUGACUAUCUUCCACCCAGGUUAUGGCUUCGGGAAAAGGUGGAACGAGGCUAAAUUCCGAUUCCGUGCCUCCAAGGCAAAGGGAAGUCCACAAACCAUCACCCCUGGUAGCAGCGAAAAGGCUGCGCCGGAGACAUUCGCAGAGAGGUUGUAA